AUGACAAAAGGAGGUUAUGGUAUUAUAUAUAAAGCAACUUGGUCAUAUACGAAUGAAACUGUCAUUUUAAAAAGAUUUGAAAAUUCUAAAAAUAUUGGCAAAUAUUUCUUAAAUGAGUUGAAAUCGCUUCAACAUUGUUUUGAAAGCUAUAAUGGUUAUAUCAUUGAAACGCUUAAAACUAUUCAUGAUAAAAAAUUUAUACACCGAGAUUUCCAUAGUGGAAACAUAUUAUGUGAUAGAUGGAAUAUGUAUCGACAUAAAUGGAAAAUUGGAGAUCUAGGAUUAUCACAAGCUGUAAAUAAUAGAUUAUCAAAUAAUGAAAUAUAUGGAGUGAUACCUUAUAUUGCACCAGAAAUCUUUAAAGGGUCUGAAUUUUCUCAGAAAUCUGAUAUUUAUGGGUUUGGCAUGAUUAUGUGGGAGCUUACUACGGGUUGUAAACCUUUUGCUGAUGUUGAACAUGAUCAUACUCUUAUUUAUAAGAUUCUUGAUGGAGAACGACCUAAAAUUACAGAUGAUACACCAAAAUGUUAUACUAACUUAAUGAAAAGUUGUUGGGAUCCUGAUCCUAAAAAAAGGCCUUCUAUAAAAGAAAUUCAUUCAGCUUUUUGUUUGUGGGCAUUAAUUGCUAAAUAUAAAGCAAAAUUUGGUCAAGCUGAAGCAAAAAGAAAGAAACUGAUAGAAUCAAAGAAACUUGGACCGGAAUUUGCUGAAAAACAUCAUUCAGAAGCAAUUUAUACAAGUAGGGCAUUAAUUGCUUUAAUUUCUAAAUGUUCAUCUGUCUAUUCAUCUUCAACAAUUUCAUUUGGUUCCAAUUAUAUCUCAGAACUAGACACUGAAAGUUUGUCAUCAACUACUUUAGAUUUUAAUUAUAUCUCAGCAGAAUUAGAGUUUGAUAUAAGUACUGAAAGUUUGUCAUCACAAAAUUUGAAUUCUAUGAUUCAAAAAUUUUCAACCGUUUUAGAUUCUAAUUAUAUCUCAACAGAAUUAGAGCUUGAUAUAGACACUGAAAGUUCAUCAUCACAGAAUUUAAGUUCUACAAUUCAAAAAUUUUCAACCUCUUUAAAAAGGAGAAGAAUUGAUGUAGAUGUUGAAGCUCAUGAUAAUUAUGAAUCUACAAUGACGUUUGCUGCUGUCUUUAGAGCGUACAAUGGUGGACAUUACUUUUUGGAAACGGAAACAGAGAAAUUUGAAAAAAUGCGUAGUCAAAUAUUGCAUAUUCUAAAUAAUUUCCCCCUUUUUGGGAGGCAAAAGUAUCAAUCUUGA